CUAGCGGCUUUCGCCGCCUUCAGCGGCCUCAGUCAGGCAAUAUGUCCUUACAUGGAGAGCGAUGCUCGUGACCUUCCCGCCCAUCACCCCCCUGUCCGGCGAGACGAGUCGGCCCCAAAAGCUGCUCGUACGGAUGAGUUCAUGGCACAGUUUGAGCUCAACGACGGUGAAGGGGAUUAUAUGACAAGUGAUGUUGGUGGUCCAUUUGAAGACCAGAACAGCUUGAAAGCAGGAGAACUGGGACCGACGCUACUUGAAGAUUUCAUAUUCCGUCAGAAGAUCACACAUUUCGACCACGAGCGGGUUCCCGAAAGAGCGGUUCAUGCUAGAGGUGCAGGAGCGCAUGGAGUGUUUGAGUCCUACGGCGAUUGGUCAAACAUAACAGACGCUUCCUUCCUUAAUUCGGGCGGGAAACAAACCGAUGUGUUCAUCCGAUUCUCUACCGUAGCUGGUAGUCGAGGAUCGGCUGAUACUGUUCGCGAUGUUCAUGGCUUCGCCGUCAGGUUUUAUACCGAUGAAGGCAAUUACGACAUUGUUGGAAAUAACGUCCCAGUCUUCUUCAUCCAAGAUGCCAUCAAGUUCCCAGAUCUUAUCCACGCUGUGAAACCAAACCCGGAUCGCGAAAUUCCCCAGGCUGCGACCGCCCACGACACGGCAUGGGAUUUCUUCAGCCAACAACCAAGCGGUCUCCACACACUCUUCUGGGCCAUGAGCGGUCACGGUACUGUCCGCUCGUACCGUCACAUGGAUGGUUGGGGCGUCCACACCUUCCGUUUCGUCACUGGUGACGGCAAGACGAAGCUUGUCAAGUUCCGCUUUCAGACACUUCAGGGCAAAGCUUCGCUGCUUUGGGAAGAGGCGCAGGUCACCGCGGGUAAAAACGCCGACUAUCAUCGCCAGGACUUGUGGGAUAGCAUCGACAGCGGGUCAUAUCCAGAGUGGGAAUUCCAAGCCCAGAUCAUGGAUGAGGAUGAUCAGUUGAGGUUUGGCUUCGAUCUUCUUGACCCGACCAAGAUUGUUCCAGAAGAGCUUGUGCCGUUCACACCUCUGGGCAAGCUUACGCUAAACCGCAAUCCGUCGAACUACUUCGCGGAGACUGAGCAGAUUAUGUUCCAACCCGGCCAUAUUGUGCGAGGUAUCGAUUUCACCGACGACCCACUUCUCCAAGGUCGUAUCUUUUCAUACCUUGACACCCAACUCAACCGUCACGGCGGUCCCAACUUUGAGCAGAUCCCGAUUAACCGACCACGAGUCCCUAUCCACAAUAACAAUCGUGAUGGUGCUGCGCAAAUGUUCAUCCCUCUCAACACGGCCGCCUACUCUCCCAACACCGUGAACCCAGGCGCACCCAAACAGGCCAACCAAACCGCUGGACGAGGCUUCUUUACUGCACCCAACCGAUCGUCAAAAGGCAAACUCAUGCGCGCAGUGUCCUCCACCUUCGCAGACGUCUGGUCACAACCACGCCUCUUCUUUAACUCCCUCCUCCCCGUGGAGCAGCAGUUCAUUGUUAACGCCGUCCGCUUCGAAACCUCUCAACUCAAGAGCGAUGUCGUCAAGUCCAACGUCCUCAUCCAGCUCAACCGCAUCAGCCACGACGUCGCCGUGCGCGUCGCCUCCGCUCUUGGUAUGACUGCGCCCGAAGCCGACGACACGUACUACCAUGACAACACCACGACCGGCGUGUCCGUCGCUAAGGGCGGACUGCUCAAGCUCGACGGCCUUAAGGUCGGCUACCUGACCACCGCCUCCGCGCCAGGCAAUUCCAGCGCCAGCACGCUCAAGGCCGCGCUCAAAGCGGCUAACGUCACGCUCGUGGUCGUGGCUGAGAAGCUCGGCGAGGGGAUCGACCAGACCUACUCUGCCAGCGACGCUAGCCAGUUUGACGCCCUCGUCGUCGCAGACGCCACCAAUGCGCUCUUCACUGCGCCCAGCAACCUUGCGAACUCAAACUCUACCUCCUCCGCAGCGGGACGCAACGCCACGGCCUCGCCGUUCGCGACGCUGUAUCCUGCGGGCCGUCCGCUGCAGAUUCUGCAGGAUGGUUACAGGUGGGGGAAGCCGAUUGCGGCUGUGGGUGAGGGGCCUGCGGCGUUCAAAUCGGCAGGCAUUGAGACGGGUACGCCCGGUGUGUAUGCAGGAGAGAUUGGGGUAUUGGGCGAGAGGCUCAAGGAAGGCCUGAAGACUUUCAAGUUUUUGGAUAGGUUUCCGUUGGAUGCGUAGGAAGGUCUAGAGUAAUG